CCUCCUCGCUAAACCCCCUCGCUUCCCCUCCCCUCGAACAAAUCAAGAAAACCAGAGAGCUCCACUCCCCCGGCCACCCCGAUCCGCUCCGCCACGGCGAAACCCGCCCCGUCCCGACCUGCCAGCACAGUUGGAGUAGACACCGCCGGCGCCAGCGCUCGCUCUUGAUUUAUGUCGCCUGCUCUGCUGCUCCAUGGUUCUGAGCUCCCAUCACCAGCAGCUACUCCCACUUGUUGCUCCCUUCUCCCCCAGUCUUGGCAGAGGGGCCCCAGAACGCAGGAUCAUCGCUUCAAGAUCUCCCGGUUUGGAUUUAGGGUCAAGUACUCUGGUUUUCUACAUUUAGACCAGUGCCCCAUACUCUGCCGCACGUGAAGUAAUAGCAAUUAAAGAAUCCCCCAAACCUCAAUAAUCUUGAUUUGGUUUGGGCGGAUUAAGUUCAGCAUUCUUCCUUCCUUUCCACCCUGACACUCUUGAAGUUCAUAACAGAAGACCGACCUCUCUUCGACGUCUUCACAGAAAGAGAAUAAUUCUUUCUUUUCUCCAGUCUCAGUUAGAAGUUUGUGACAGCUUAGUUUCAGAUUCUAGAUAUUCUACACUCAAGCUCUAGAGCAGAGCAGGAGUCUCUGUCCUGAUUUGGUGAAACAUUGCAGUUGAUUUGUAACCAAAGCCAACAAUCCAGUAAUCUUCGGAUCUUAAUUGGAUUUAGGGCCAGAUGCAGAACAUGAUGCCCUCUUCGCGGAAGGUCCGCAUUUCCUGCUAUGAUCCUGAUGCCACCGAUUCCUCUGAUGAAGAUGAGCAGAAUGCCAAGAAGGAAAAGAGAAUGGUAAUAGAAUUAGAAAUUCCAAGGAAGAGCUCCGGAGCCUUCAAAUCUCGAAAGAUCCUUGUCCCAUGCAGCACAAAGAAAUCAAAUGGUGCAGAGAAGAAGGAACCAUCAAGCAAGUACCCUGGUGUGCGCAUGAGGGCAUGGGGAAAGUGGGCAGCGGAGAUCCGCGAUCCUGUGACUAAGACCCGGAAAUGGAUUGGCACAUUUACCUCUGAGGAGGCGGCUGCUGAAGCAUAUCAGGCUGAACGGAGCCGGGUACGUGCAGAGAUGUUGGCCAUCAAAUCUCGAUCAUCCGCACCAGAAGAAGAGGCUUUAUCCAGCUCAGCUACUGUAUCCUGUGUGUCCUCGUCUUCGUCGCUCGACCAGAAAACAGAAGAGGUGCACAAGGUAGUGCCAAUGGAGAUAGCCCCUGGCACUGUUGAUCAAAGCUUACUACUGCACUCCUCAUCAACACCUAGCGAUGAAGAAAUUCCAGUGGAUGUUCUCCUUGGCCAGAUAAAUGAGCUUCCUAUCAGUGACUAUGUUUGUCCAACCGAUGAACUCUCGCUGGAUGACUUUUCAAGGCUGGCAGAUAUGUUCACCGUCAAAGGUUUUAUCGGCGCGACAGAUGCUCCCCCGGAUGAUGACUAUAUCGGGCUGGCAGACAUCAGCCACCUACAGAUGCCAGUCGCAGAUCCUAUGUUUGAUCUCGACGCGCAAAUUGAUUGGGCUGGCUUCGACUUUGAUUCAAUGGAAUGUGAACUGCAGACACUUUGAGGACUCCACAGGGGUACCAUGUUUUCUUGUACACCGAGUUGUUGGUAUGAAAGAGGUGGACUCAGUUUUGAUCAUUCGGAUGGAUGGCAGGGUGAGUUUAUGAUCUGAAGACAAGUUCAUAUCCAAUUUUGUCGGAAAAUGUACAGUCCCUUCCCCCUAGAGUAAUUGCCUUGUUGAGCUAAUGUGUACGAUGUAAUAUGUACAUGAUCAUCUAAUAUGAACCUGCUGUGAAAUUGUGGCAAUAUAUCUCGUUUUAUCA